AUGAAGGGGGUGUGGGCCCAAGAGCGAGAGUAUGAGAGGAGUCUGUGGUGGGCAGUCGCCUUGACAGCCUUCUUUGGCUUCUGGCGCUCCAGGGAGAUAACAGUACCACAGUACAGAGUGUAUGAUCCUCAGGUUCAUUUAUCUUUCCGGGACCUAGCAGUGGACAACUCGCUCCACCCUAAUGAGAUCUCGUUACUGCUACACUGCUCAAAGACCGAUCAGGAGAGGAGUGUCAGGGUCAUUCUGGGUCGUACCAAUGCGGAUCUUUGCCCAGUAUCUGCGCUCCUAAGUUACUUGGUGCAUCAAGGCAGGGGUCCAGGAGCCUUGUUCAUGUUGGAUGGUCAGCCCCUUGAGAGGACCCGCCUGGUGGAGGAAGUACGCCGCACACUCACAAGGGUGGGACUGCCAGCAGGUAAUUUUGCUGGCCACAGCUUCUGUAUUGGGGCUGCAACGACAGCGUCAGCCAUUGGAGUUGAGGAUAGUACAAUUUAG